AUGGAACAAACCCGAUUCGUGAUCGAAUCGGCCGAUGUCCGAUCAGUGGCGGAAGAGUCAGGGCUCUCACUCCUGCAACUCCUUACAUCGUUGGUCAAAUCCACACAGACCCUAGCGAGCCCCCCCAUCUCCAAAUACCAUGUCGGAGCAGUCGGGUUGGGAUCGGACAGUCGAAUCUUCUUGGGAGUGAACCUCGAAUUCCCUGGACUCCCUCUCCACCACUCCAUUCACACCGAGCAAUUCCUGAUUACCAAUGCAGCCAUCCAUGGCAGCACCCAGCUUCGAUACAUCACCAUCUUAUCGGUGCAGUGUGGCCACUGCCGCCAAUACAUACAAGAAAUACAUGGGGCUUCCAAUAUGUUCUCCAUGUCUACCCACGAGAACUCUGCCCACGUCUUAUUGACUCCGGAUCACCUGCCCACCAGAACUCUGCCCACGUCUCGGUCAUAUCGACCAAAAACGAGGGAGACAACCAUGAAAACCCAGCGUUUUGGAUUUCCUGCCCCAGAGAUUCGGUCCCGACAAUAUGCUGGCCAAGGAUGUGCCAUUAUAUCUGGAGCCCCAUCACAACAGUGUAACCUUCAACAGCGAGGCCAAUGCUAUAACAACGGCAGAAGUGUAACAGAUCAUAACAAGAAACUGAAGUAUGCAGCACUGGAAGUGGCGAACAAAUCCCACGCACCUUACAGAGGAUGCCCAUCUAGGGUGGCUCUAAAGGACACCGAAGGGAAGGUCUAUAAAGGGUCGUAUGUGGAAUCAGCGGCAUAUAAUUCAAACCUGGGGCCGGUUCAGGCAGUGGUGGUGGAUGCCAGAAGAUCAUGGCAGGGGCGUUGGUGGAGAAGAAAGGAGAAGUGGUGGUACAGUCAGGCAGAGCACGACUGUUACUACAACCACGAUGUGAUUUUGUAGUGUACCAUUGCAAUUCGUCUCCUUUCUUGAUUUAGCUUUGAU